AUGUUUUUAGAGCUGAAAAUCGCGAAUUAUUGCCGCCAAUCGGCCAGAAAUGAAAGCCUAGACAAUCUAGAGGCCUUGGUUGAUAAAACUGGUAUUAGUUUGAAUUGAUCUCGCGAUGUUUGACUUACUUAUCGAGCUUUUUCUGAUAUUGCACUUCCCUGUUUCUAAAAUUUUGAUUUUCAGGUGGAUUGAUCAUGUUGGCCUCGUCCCGAUUCGCAUCAAAGCGCUCUCUUGUUGCUGGCCAGCGUAUGAGGUAAGAAUGUUCCACCAAUAUGCUGUAUAAACCCCUUUUUUCAUCACUUAUCUUACCCAUGACCUUUCAGCUCGGCUUGGUGGAGUGGCGUUGAAAUGGGCCCACCAGAUGCCAUCCUCGGAGUCACUGAGGCCUUCAAACGUGAUCAAAAUCCCAAGAAGAUCAACCUCGGUGUUGGAGCUUAUCGUGAUGACGCCGUAAGAGAAAAUUUUGUUAUCCAUGAUGUAUAAUAUAAUUUAGGGCAAACCUUUCGUUCUCCCAUCCGUUCGCAAAGCCGAGAACGCGAUUAUUGCCCAGAAAUUGGACAAGGAAUACACUACCAUCGCUGGAAUCCCCGAGUUCACCGCCAAUGCCAUCAAACUGGCGUUGGGAGCUGACAACCCAGUUAUCGCGGAAAAAAGAAACGCCACUGUUCAGUCUAUCUCCGGAACUGGUGCCCUCAGAAUUGGAGCUGAGUUCCUGGUAAGUUUCAUUUCAUCUUUUUUUGAUUUUAGAAUUUUUUUUGACUUGGUGAUCAAGUACAAUAUAAAAUUUGGCGAGAAGUUGCGUCAAAUUAUGCAAAAGCCAACAAAGAGGAGUCUAAUGUAAUAAUAUGUUUUUAGAAGAAGUUCUUCCCCAACAAGGUCAUAUACCAACCCACUCCCACCUGGGGAAACCAUAUCCCAAUCUUCAAAUUCGCCGGCCUUGAUGUCAAACAGUACCGUUACUAUGACUCCAAGACUUGCGGAUUUGACGAGCAAGGAGCCCUCGAUGAUAUUGCAAAGAUCCCGAAGAAAUCGAUCAUUUUGUUGCACGCCUGUGCCCAUAAUCCAACUGGUGUUGAUCCAACUGUAAGUUAAUAUUUUUUUGAUUAGUUCUUAUGUGUUUAGCAAGAGCAAUGGAAGAAGAUUUCGGAACUCUGCAAGAAACAGGAGUUGUUCGUCUUCUUCGACAUGGCUUAUCAAGGAUUUGCCUCUGGCGAUAUUAACCGUGACGCCUUUGCUGUUCGCUAUUUCAUCGAACAAGGACACAACAUCUGCUUGGCCCAGUCGUUCGCUAAGAACAUGGGACUGUAUGGUAAGGAUUUUAGGGCGAAUGGAGGAAGUUUUCAGAGUUUUGGAGGCUUGAAAAGUGAUUUUGGAUAUUAUCCUUGAUAUUUUUGAUGAAAUUGUUGUGUAAAAGUUGUUUAAAGUGUAUAAUAACUACGAUUUUUUUCCAGGAGAACGUGUUGGAGCAUACACAAUUGUCGGCCAAGACGCGGAUGAGGCCAGCCGAGUCAUGUCCCAGCUCAAAAUUUUGAUCCGCCCCAUGAUUUCCAACCCUCCAAUUCACGGUGCUCGAAUUGCCCACAAGAUUUUGACUGACAAGGACUUGUACAAUGAAUGGUAAGGAAACUUUUGAGGGUAAAACAAAGAUUUUGAUCUAUAUUUUUUCGAAAAAAUCGAGAUUUUUAUAAUUUUUGGGUCAAAAAAAUUUAUUUUGGCCAUAAAAUGAAGAUUUUAUUGUAUUUGUUGUGUGAAAUUGGGGUUAUUUGUAAUUUUGGAGGACGGAUUUUACUCUAAAAUUCGGAUUCUGCAGGUUGGUGGACGUGAAAGGAAUGGCCGACCGAAUUAUCACCAUGAGAACCACGUUGAAGGACCUCUUGGCAAAAGAGGGCUCACAGAAGAACUGGAACCACAUCACCGACCAAAUUGGAAUGUUCUGCUUCACUGGCAUCUCUCCUCAACAGGUACGGUAUUUUUUUUUGAUUUGAAAUUGGAUUUGAGCGAAUUUGGGAUCGGCAGGCUGCGCCCAGGGAUUUGGAAAAAUAGGGUUACAAUAGGGGCUGGAGGGCCCUUGAAGGCUGCAAUAGCUUGGAAAUUUAGGGAUGAGAUGAUUUAUAGAGAAAAUAUGUAAAAUACGAAGAAUUCAUGGAUGUUUUUUAUAUCGAAUAUUGCACAUGAAAAUCGAAAUUUUUGGUUUUUGAUCUUAUGAAUUGGUUUCCUCUCCACAUGACUCUGAUAAGCAAUUUGCACCCAAAUCGAUGAGUGCAGAGAGUUCUAUGAAGUGUUCUCUUAUCGGGUUCAAUUUUAAAGCGAAUUGAUAGGAAUCUGGAGUUUAAAAAGGCUUGUGAUCUCAAUUGUUGGUUCAUAAAAAGGUCAGAAAAGUAAUUGAAAGGGCUUUGGAAAAUUUGAGAAAAGGAAAAUAAAAAAAAAGACCUUUGGACAAGUAAAUAGAAGUGAAAAAAUGAAAAAUUUGAUCUAAAAUAAUAUAAUUUUUAGGGAAAUUUAUGAAUUUUUUAAUUGAAAAUGAUAAAUUUAUGAGUAAAAUGCCAAGAUUUUUUAGAAAAAAUUAUUUUUAUUGAUUUUUAUGCCCUAAACAAGUUUUUUUGCAGGUGGAAAGCCUAAUCAAGGACUACAGCGUGUAUCUGACCAAGGACGGCCGCAUCUCGGUGGCCGGCAUCUCCUCCAACAACGUCGGCUACCUCGCCCACGCCCUCCAUCAAGUUACUAAAUAA